AUGUCAAGCUCACUCAAGCCAUAUCGCACACCCCAACUCGAAGGCGGACACCGUUCAGGUUCCGACGCAAUCUUCAACUCGCGCAGCAAAGACGAUAUUCUCACAACUCUUCAAGAAUGGAAGUCCAAGCGCAUUCUUCUCGUUCACAGUAAAGCUCUUGCCAAGAAUACCUCCAUCAUAAAAGACCUCAAAGAAGCCCUGGGUGAUAGACUCAUCACUACUAAGGAGGGUGUCGGCUCACACUCUCCAUACGAAGAUGUCAUUGACAUUGCCCAUAGAAUCACUGGGAAAGACAUAGAAUGUGUUAUUUGCGUCGGUAGCGGUUCAUAUUCUGACGCCUGCAAAGUUGCGCGUCUAAUGUCAGCGACCCUACCUCAAGGUUUCGAGGAGAAAGACAUGGAGGCUCUUCUCGACCAAGAAAAAGGCGUCGCACCCCAAGAUAAGAUGAAGAAAGCAGAAGGAGUAAAACUCAUCCUGGUACCUACGAGUUUGUCCGCUGGAGAGUGGAACCAUACGGCAAGCUGCACCAACAGCGUUGGUAAGAAGCAGCAUUUCUCUCUCAAAGACGGCGGUGCACCAGACUUGAUCUUGAUGGAUCCAUGGAUUGCGAGGACCGCGCCCGAGAGACUGUGGUUGAGCUCUGGUAUACGUGCCGUGGAUCACUGCAUCGAGACACUUUGCAAUCCAGAGUGUGCAAAGUACCCCGAUGUACAAGAGUGGUGCGAGCAAGCACUAUGCGAUUUAUCCAAGGGCUUGGUUGAGUACAAGGAGGGUGUCAAUCGUGGAGAAGAAGGUGAAGAAGAGCUCGUUCAUGGCAUCAGCAAGUGUCAAGCAGGAAGUCGAAUGGCCCUCAUGGGUUUUAUUAUCUACAGCGUCAACAUGGGUGCCAGCCACGCAAUCGGUCAUCAGUUGGGCAGCGUAGGAAAGGUCAUGCACGGCAUCACGAGUUGUAUCAUGCUCCCUCCUGUGCUACGCUAUACCAAAGACAAAAACCCAGAAGCGCAAGCAAGGAUCGUCAAGAUCUUCAAUGAGACACUGGGAUGGAACGAGACCGAGGCUGGAGACUGUGUUGCGCGGUUGGUCAAGAGUGUUGACUUGCCAUGUAGCUUGGGGGAGGUUGGAGUUACGCGGGACGAGCAGAUUGAACAGAUCAUUGACAAGACCAUGACAGAUGUCAUGUUUUCGUUUGGGAAGGUUCUGACAAGGGACGAAGUCUCUCAGAUAGUGUACUCGGCCAAAUAG